GCGGCUCAAAUCGCUUCAACGAACUUUUGGAAGCUCUAAAACAAGAGUAUGAGAAUCUCCAACAGGAAGCCAUUACUUAUAAGAUGCAACGUGAAGAAUUUGAACAUAAAGUACAACAACAAACCGAAGAAGUCAGCAUUAUUCGUCAAGGACUAUAUGAAUUGCAAGCCGCACAGAAAGGCAUAAAGCAACAAUAUGAUGUCGAUAUACGUAAUCUUCAGCGUGAAAUCGAACAACAGAGGAGUAAUCUUUUCGGAACCAUCAUUAGCGGCAACGGUGGACCCCAAAGUCUCGCACCCCCUCAGAUGUCUUUGGAUCCUGCACAACCACCAAAUCAACCGGGACAUCCAUAUCCUGGUCCGGGAGGUCCUCCUCAAAGUGUUCCACAGUCAGGUGGCAGUUCCGCACAGUCUCCAUAUCUCAACGGCGGUGGCCCGCCGGGUCAAGUCUCACAACCUCACACGACAAAAAGACCGCGGCUAGAAGAUGGUGCACCACCAAGUCUGCAAGUUCCCAUGGGAAUUCCUGCAAAUACACAAUCUCCUGCCGGUCUCUACGGUGGUAAUGUCGUCCCGCUUUCUCAACCUGGUCAGCAGGGACCUCUGAACACGGGGUAUAAUAUGCCACCCGUUGGUCAAAGUAAUAAAUUAUUUAUCACCGUUACCACAUGCCUCAAAAUCGGGUGCGGAGAUACUGGUCAGAUUGGAGGCCCUGAUGGACCACAGAGUUCUGGAGUUCCUACCAACGGUAAUGCUCCACUACCAGGUCCACCUCCCAAUAAACGGAAAAAUAAUCAAAACAUGAACACUCAAUUAGCUGGUUCUCGCCCCCCUUUAAAGCAAGGUUCUAUUAGUGGUACUGGAAACUCUGGCCUAGGCGACAUGGAUCCAGAAAGUGUACCACCUCAACUCAAGAAAGAAGGAUCCGAUUGGUUCGCGAUCUUCAAUCCCAAGGUAUCUCGAGUUCUCGACGUAGAUCUAGUUCACACAUUGGAUCAUAAUAGAGAUAAGUCGGUGGUGAUACUGAAUAGUAGCAAUUCAUUUAUCGAUGUAAUUAAGAUCUGGGAUAUUCAGAAGCGGACGAUUCGACAAUUUUUCCCCGGUCAUGAGCAAGAUAUCUACUCUCUUGAUUUUUCGCGCGACGGACGGUUAAUUGUUUCGGGUUCCGGUGAUAAAACUGCUAGAAUUUGGGACAUGGUGUCCGGCGGUCUGCUGUACAAACUUGCAAUUGAUGAACCUAGCCAGAAAGACGCAGGUGUUACUAGUGUGGCCAUCAGUCCCGAUGGCCUUUACGUUGCUGCAGGUUCAUUGGAUAAAAUAGUGCGUGUCUGGGAUGCGCGAACGGGUUAUCUUCUCGAGCGUUUGGAAGGUCACAAGGAUAGCGUUUAUUCGGUGGCAUUCGCACCCGAUGGUAAAACAUUGGUUUCAGGAAGUCUCGAUAAAACUCUGAAAUUAUGGGAUAUGAGUCAUCCCGGAAGAAAUCCAAGUAGUGGCGGUUCAAGUGCAAAGAAUCCGGCGAGGAUGACGUUUAGCGGACACAAGGACUUUGUUUUAUCAGUGGCGGUUUCACCUGAUGGUCGUUGGGUAGUUUCAGGAUCAAAAGACCGUGGUGUACAAUUUUGGGACCCGAACACAGCAUACACACAAUUCAUGCUGCAGGGUCAUAAAAAUUCAGUGAUUUCCGUUGCCUUGAGCCCAGCUCUAAAUGGAUCAAAACUUUUCGCCACGGGUUCGGGUGAUUGUAGAGCAAGAGUGUGGCGGUAUGUUGAUGAUAGUUAG